UUUUUUGCAUACUUGUAAUAUCUACUUCCACUCUGAAAGCCUCAUGGCUGCCGUCUGAGAUUACGACUAUCGGUGGUUCUUUAGUUCUCUCUUUUACUCGGGUUUCUUUUUCAGUCUAUGGAAUAAUUUCAGUAGUUAUAAAUUGAUAAAAGUGGGCAACAAUGGGGGUUGGUGACGACAUUGCACCACGCUUCACCCAGAAACCAGUUCUUAAACAGGAGGAUAAUGGCGCUAAGCUGGUAUUCCAGUGCACGCUGGAGGCGUCCCCUAAACCGGACAUACAGUGGUUCCAAGGGACGACGCCCAUCUCACAGUCCAACCGCAUCAGGAUGCGCGUGGAACCCGCCGGGGGCAACAAAUACAAUGUUAUGAUGGAUAUUUUAGGUGUCACCGCCGCGGACGCAGGGACGUACAAGGUCGUGGCCAAAAACAAGUUAGGAGAAGUCUCGGCAUCUAUCAACCUUAACUUCAGUGGUAGUCAAAAACAACAAGAUGGAAUUGCUCCAAACUUUAUACAGAAACCUGUCACCAAGCAAGCAGAUAAUGGUAAAAAACUAUUGUUUGAGUGUCAACUCACAGCAGACCCCGCCCCCCAGAUCACAUGGUUCAGAGAUGAGCAGCAGAUUACACCCGGAGGUCGCAUUAAGAUUCGGACAGAUCCACAGCCUAACAAGAAAUACUUUCUGGUGUUAGAAAUCAGUGAUGUAACCGCUAAGGAUGCUGGGAAUUACAGAGUCACAGCCAAGAAUGCACUGGGAGAGAGCAAUGCUACCAUCAGGCUCAACUUUGACAGUGAUGAGACAAAGAAACAACAAGGGCAACCACCAAAAUUUAUCACAAAACCAAGCAUUCGACAGGACGGGGACAAAAUCAUAUUUGAUUGUAAACUGACGGCAGACCCCACCCCCACCAUCACAUGGUCCAAAGGAAAUGAAGUUCUAAAGGAUGGCGGACGUUACAAGAUGAAACUGACCUCAGAUAAGAGCAACCACUCAGUUUCUAUGGAGAUAGCAGGUGGAGGCAUGCAAGAUGGAGGAGAAUAUAAGGCUGUGGCUAAAAACAGCUUUGGAGAGUCCACGGCCACCAUCACAUUGAAUUUUGAAGGAAAAAAGCCUCCGCAGGGCAAGGCACCACAUUUCUUGACAAAGCCCACCAUCAAGCAGGAGAGACUGCAGCUUUUGAUGACCUGCAAUCUAGAGGCUAAACCUGAACCGAAGCUCUCCUGGUUCCGAGACAACACCGAGAUCACCAACGGAGGAAGAUACACCCUCGCUCUGAAAAAGGACGCCUCAGCACCAGACCGAUAUGUCGCCACUCUUACUGUGAAGGACCCAAAGGCAAAUGAUGGGGGUCAGUAUAAAGCAACCGCUGUUAAUGAACUGGGAGAAUCCAACGCAACCAUCACUCUCAACUUCCAAGGGUUGGACAAACCAAAGGGUACACCACCGACUUUUAAAGAAAAACCCAAAGUGACCCAGCAGGACAAGAACUUGAUUGUUGAGUGCAACUGUAACGCUAGUCCCAGACCGACCUUGACCUGGUAUAAGGAAAGUCAGGUCCUGACCCAAGGUCCUCGUUACAAGAUGCGUUCCACUGAUAAAGGAAAUGACUACACCUUUUUUCUGGAUGUUUUGAACUUCUCGGCUGCAGAUAGUGGAAACUACAAGGUUAUUGCAAAGAAUGAGGCUGGCGAAGGCACAGCCACCAUCAACAUCAAUCUAGAACCGCCAAAGGAAAGUGCACCUUCCAUCAAGGACAUGCCAAAUGUACGUCUUCUGGACAAUGGCAAGAGACUACUGUGUGAUAUGAGAAUCAACUCCAAGUCCAAACCUACAGCUAUGUGGUACUUUGGAAACUCUCCUGUCAAGUCAGGUGGUCGCUACAAGUUGGAUGUGAAAGAAGAGUCGCCAGGGGUUUUCCUAAUUUUCCUUGAAAUUUCCAAUCCAACAGAUGCAGACUCUGGGGAUUAUAAGUGUGUCAUCAAGAAUCCAACAGGGGAAAUUACUUCCACUGCUAAAAUCAACUUAAAAGCACUUCAACCACAGAUUAAAGGUGAAGGUCCUAAUUUCACUCAGAAGUUGACUCCAAAAACAGUGACUGAGGGGGAAGCCCUAGAUCUGAUAGCUAAAGUAACUGGAACUGAACCAAUCACAGCCACUUGGACAAAGGACCGUAAACCAAUCAGAGAAGCUGAUGGAUAUAAAGUCACCUAUGAUAAGGGCACCUGUCGUCUGUACAUAGCAGAUGUCAAGCCAUCACAUUCUGGAGAAUUCAAAGUGGAAGUAAAGAACCAGUUUGGAUCAGCCUUCUGCUCAGCUAGUCUUGGAGUUAAAGCAGCACCUAAGAAACCAGAAGAAAAGAAACCAGAAGAAAAGAAACCAGAAGAAAAGAAACAAGAGAAAAAAGAGGAAGCCCAACAAAAAGUUGAAGAACCUAAGGCUCCAGAAAAACCUAAGGAAGAGCCUAAGGCUCCACAGAAGCCUAAGGAAGAACCUAAGGCUCCAGAAAAGCCUAAGGAAGAACCUAAGGCUCCAGAAAAGCCUAAGGAAGAACCUAAGGCUCCAGAAAAGCCUAAGGAAGAGCCUAAGGCUCCUGAAAAACCAAAACAGGAGCCUAAACCUGAAGCCCCCAAAAUUGUUAUUGGUGACGAACAAGCCAAUAAGAAUUCACCAAGGCAAUUAAAACCCUAUCAGAAGAAACCUACCACCAUAUUGGAAGAGGACGAGAUCCAUGGUGUUGUGGGUUCUGAGGACGGUUACGAGGCUGACGAUGAUAAACCAAACAUCCCAGCCAUCUUAACGAACGACGAAGGAACACCUGAAAAGAAUGGGGAAUAUGAAACACAAGGACCCAAAAGAAUAGUAGUGAAAAAGAAACAAGCCGCAGAGCCCGGCAAAAAGGUUGAUGGACCGACUCACAAGUUCAAAGGGAAACCAUCCAAUCAGAGCGUGGAUGAAGGGAAUGACAUUUCGUGUAAGUUGGAUAUUGAGGUCCAGUCGGAUGCCCCCGCUCCUGCCGUGCGCUACCUACGAGCAGGUCGAGAACUAAAGAACGACAGUCGUACUAAGAUCAUUACUUCAGGAAACAAGAGUUCCCUGCAAAUCAGGCGAUCACGAUUCACAGACGAGGCCAAGUACACUGCCAUCUUGGAACAGGAAGGAGUACCUGUUGAUGAGGCAACAUGGAGUGUGUUUGUCAAAGAUCCCAAAGACUCUCAGCUAGAUUACAGAAAUUUAUUGAAACACAGGGAUCACAAGAAAAAUGAACAGGAUGAUGAGGACAUUGAUUGGGGAUCACUUAAACCAGUGGAAAAGAAAGGCAGACGGCCAUCAGAGAUCGAGAUGAUGAAAGCUCAGCUGAAGAAUAUUCCAAAAAGUGAUAGUGAAGAUGAAAAGGAUAGAGGAAGUAGAAGACAAUCAGUUGAAACACUUGAUAUUCCAAUUAAAAAACCAUCUGUAGACAAGCUGGAGGCUAUGGAGCAAAAUCGUAGAUCCUCCAUGCAACAGCGCAGAGCCUCAUUGGUCGAUCUCAUUCCUGACUGGCCAACUCUUCAGCACAGGGAGGUCAAAAAAGAGGAACCAGAGAAGUUUUCACAAGAUCUGCAGGACAUGAAGAUCAUGGAGGGUACCAAAGAAUCUACCUUCUUUGCUGAAUUCUGCAAACCCAAUGCCAAAAUCAAAUGGUUCAAAAACAAACUAGAGAUCUUCAAUGGACACAAGUUUCAUUUCCUAAACGAGGGCAACACCUACAAACUUCUGAUUAAUAAUAUUAAAUUGGAAGAUGGAGGAAAGUACACUUUGGAAUGUAAUGGUGUCAAAACGUCUGCUUGGUUGUAUGUGCAAGCCAAAGAGCCUGAGUAUUUCUUCACGCAGAAGUUACCCGAGAAAUACGCCAUCACCAGAAGGAAGGAAGCUGUGCUAGAGUGCUUCGUUUCUGACCCAAGGGCAAAGGUCAAAUGGUAUCGCAAUGGAGAACACAUCGAUUACACACCAGGAAAGAUGGAGAUCCAGAGAAGAGAAAACCGCUGUAUCCUGAGGAUCAAGGACGCCCAGCCCGAGGACGAGGCCGAGUUCAUGUGUGAAUGUAGUAAUGCCACCACAUCCUGUAAACUCAAGGUCGAAGAACCUGAGUGGGAUUUCAUGAAGCUGUUGGAGGAUGUAGAAGGGGUGGAGCGUGACAAGGCUGUGUUUGAGUGUGACGUCAAUGACCCAGAAGCGGAGGUCACAUGGUGGAAAGGAGAAAAGGAGCUGAGUGGAGGUGGAAAGUUCGAGAUCCAAAAAGACAACUUCAAGCGCAGACUGAUUGUGAAGAACUGUCACAUGAAAGACGAUGGGGCAUACACCUGUAAAGUGCUCGACAAAUCUACCACUGCCAAUCUCUUUGUAGAACCCGACAUCAAGUUCUUCAAAAAGCUUGAAAACAAACGUGAGAGGGAGACAGGAACAUUGGUUUUAGAAUGUAAGGCAUCGAAUCCACACAACCAGCCUGUCAAGUGGCUGAAAGAUGGCAAACCAAUCGACAAGAAUGACUCGAGAGUCGAGGUGACGAGGAAAGGUGAGAUGCACAAACUCGUGAUCACAAACCUGAAUCGUGACGAUGCUGGCCAGUAUGCUUGUCAAGUGGGAGAGAGACCAACCAAGUCGGAUGUCGUCGUGGAUGAAUUGCCUAAACCACCCAAGGUAGAUCCCAAAUACAUCCCAGAAGAAAUCGUUGUCAAAAGGGGAGAAUGUAUAGAACUGGAUAUUCCAUAUGUCGGCACACCCCAACCUGUUGCUCAAUGGAAGAAGGACGGCACAACUCUCAGUGAAGCUGACACAGAUAUUCAAACGACGGACCGAGCAGCUAAACUCCGAAUUCCUGAUGCACAGAGAAGCGAUACUGGAGAGUAUGAACUCACACUUACCAAUGAAGUGGGAACUGAAAUCAUUCCUGUUCCAAUCAGAGUUUUGGAUCGUCCUGGAAAACCCGAAGGUCCGCUGGACGUGGUGGAUGUGUACGCAGAUCGCUGUUCACUGCUGUGGGACAGACCCAAAGAUGACGGUGGCAGCCCCAUCAAACACUACACCGUGGAGAAGAAGGAUGCCGCCAAAGACACGUGGGAAGAGGUGUGCACCACCGAGGACUUGGAAAUUGAUGUGACCAGCCUGAAGGAAGGUCAUCGCUACCAGUUCCAGGUCAAGGCCGUUAAUGCUCAAGGUGUCAGUGAACCUCUAGUAGCUGAUGGAGAAAUCAUCACAAAAGAUCCCUGGGAUCCCUCUGAUCCUCCGGAGAAACCAGAGAUUAUUGACUAUGAUAAGGACUACGUCGAGAUCUCCUGGAAGCCUCCACGCAAUGAUGGAGGAGCUCCCAUUGAAAAGUACAUCAUCGAAAAGAAAGAGAAAGGAAAGGGUACAUGGGAAAAGGGUGUGGAAGUUGAUGGCAGUGAGUCUACAGGAACUGUGGAGGGACUGACGGAAGGAAAGGAGUAUGAGUUCCGAGUCUUGGCCAAAAACCGAGCUGGACUCUCCGAACCCAGUGCUGUAUCACCCCCUGUCGUCACCAAGGCUCGCAGAGUCAAACCAAGAAUUAUGGACAAAAACAAGCUGCUACCUAUCCGCAUCAAGAGAGGUCAGCCAUUCACCAUUGACGUCAGCUUCGUCGGAGAACCUGCCCCAACUAUUACCUGGAAAAGGAAGACCCUGGAUAUAGACUCAGAUUCAGAAACAGAAAUAGACUUUGAGGUGGUAGGUCAAAGGGAAGGCAAGGAGGAGCAAAUAACACCGGAUUCCAAUGUCUCCAUUGACAACAAUACACCGAAAAAAUCAAAACUCAAAUACCUGUCUGGAGAUCGCAAGGACACUGGCGAAUACACAGUCAUUGUGGCCAACAAACAUGGAUCUGAUGACGCCAACAUCGAAGUGGUCGUGCUGGGUCCACCAUCUAAGCCCAACGGUCCCCUGAUUGUGGAUAACGUGACUAAAGAUCAGGCCACUCUGAAAUGGAAAGAACCCACAGACACCGGUGGAAAUCCAAUCAGUGGCUAUCGAGUGGAGAAAAAAGACACACAGAAAGGAAGAUGGGAACCAGUCAAGGAUAGCAUCAAGGGAAGUGAAUUCACCGUUCCCAAACUGUCCGAGGGACACGACUAUCACUUCAGAGUGGCAGCCGUCAAUGACAAUGGAGAAUCUGAUUUCCUCGAAACAGACAUGACCAUCACUGCCAAAAAUCCAUUUGAUGAGCCAUUCCCUCCCAGUCAACCCAAGUGUAUUGAGCAGGACAGGGAUCACAUUGUCAUUGCCUGGGAACCUCCGGAGAAUGAUGGAGGAAAUCCUGUCCAGGGUUAUAUGGUGGAGAGGAAAGAACCCAAGUCUAACAGAUGGACGCCUAUCAAUAGAGGACUCGUACAUGAGUGCGAGUUUGAAGAUGAGAAAGUCACAGAAGGGAAGGAUUAUGAAUAUAGAAUUCGGGCAGUCAACGACGCCGGACAAUCAGAACCCAGUGUGGCAUGUAAACCAAUCACUGCCAAACCAACCAAAGAGGCUCCGAAAGUUAACCUGGAUGCCCUGUUUGGUGCUAAAGAGAUCCGUGUGAAAGCUGGAGAACCCCUUACCAUUCCCAUCGGGAUUUCUGGAGCUCCAACUCCUACGUGUACCUGGAAUAAAAAUGGAUCUCCAGUGGACAGCCGGGCGCAGUGUUCCAGCAAUGAAGAAGAGGCUAAGCUCUACAUUCCGAAGUGUGAGAGAAAUGAUACAGGCAAAUACACCAUCACUGUGUCCAACCAAUACGGCACGCAGACCGCCGACGUUCCUGUGGUGGUUCUAGAUAAGCCUGGAGAACCAGAGGGACCCAUUGAGGUCACCGACUUAAUGGCCGAUUCCUGUAAACUCUCAUGGAAACCACCUGUGGACAAUGGAGGAGCUGAGGUCACAGGUUAUGUUGUUGAGAAACAGGAAGAAGGCUCAUCUACCUGGGAAAAGGUGACAGGACUUGGCUCUGGAACCACCAUGCCUGUCAAGAACCUGAAAGAAGGCAAAAAAUACAAAUUCCGGGUCAAGGCAGAAAACAUCUAUGGAGCAGGAAAACCAUUGGAAACUCUAAAACCCAUUGUUGCUAAGAAUCCAUUUGAUACCCCUGAUGCUCCUAAAAAUCUCCAAAUUCCUAAAUAUGAUAAGAGAUCUUGUGAAUUGACAUGGGAAAAACCAGAAUUUGACGGAGGAAAUCCGAUCACGGGAUACACUAUAGAGAAGAGAAGUAGGGGAGGCGACUGGGCUCAGGUCAACAACUUCCCCAUCAAGGAACCGAAGUUUUCUGUAAUGGGUCUCCAGGAGGGAACUGUAGUAGAGUUCAGAGUGGCAGCAGUCAACGAUGGAGGACCAGGAAAAUUCAGCAAGGCAACACCCCCACAUCAAGUCAGGGACCAAGUCUUCCCUGCUGGGGCCCCAGGACAGCCAAAUAUAGACAAGAUCACCAAGAACUCAGUAGACCUCUCCUGGCAGAAGCCAUCCAAAGAUGGUGGUAAAAAACCAUCUGCUUACAUCAUUGAAAAGAAAUCAAAGGGAGGCGACUGGGAGCAAUGUAAAGAGGUACCUGGUACUGACACAAGGUGCACGGUUCCGAACCUGAAGGAGAAGGAUGAAGUCCAGUUCCGGGUGAUUGCAGUUAAUGAGGCGGGUCAAGGAGAACCAAGCAGACCCACCAGUAUCAUCACCGUGGAGGAGCAGCCAGAUAAGCCCAAACUGAACCUAUCUGGAAUGAAGGAUAUCAAUGUAAAAGCCGGACAGAACUUCCAGAUCCAUGUUCCAUUCACUGGAUUCCCUAAACCCACCGCAGUCUGGAUGAACGGAACCAAGGAGAUUGAAGACGACCACCGUGUCCACCUGAAGGUUGCUGACGAUCAUGUACUCCUUACUAAUACCAAGGCUGAGAGGGGAGACAGCGGUCGAUACAGACUGACACUGAAAAAUGCGUCUGGACAGGACUCAGGCUCCCUCAAUGUUAACGUUAUCGAUCGACCAGGUGCCCCCAAAGGACCUCUAACGGCAGUAGACAUCAUGGGAGAGGAACUGACUCUUCAGUGGAAGGCACCGGAAGAUAAUGGAGGAGAAAAGGUGAACAAUUACAUCGUGGAGAAGCGCAAAGCCGGCUCCAAGAAAUGGCAGAAGGUCUCCAGCUUUAUCAAUACUCCUGAGUGUAUAGUCAGAAAUCUGGAGCCAGGCACCGAGUACGAAUUCCGAGUGAUGGCGGAGAACGCGCUCGGGGUCAGUGAUGCCUUGGAAACAUCAGAGCCAGUUCUGGCUAAAUUGCCCUACGACAAACCUAGUGCACCAGGCACACCUAAGUGUUCAGCUUACACACCGGACUCUAUCACUCUGGAGUGGACUCCACCGAAAAAAGAUGGAGGCAACCCUAUCAAAGGAUAUCAAGUGGAGAAGAGAGAAGCUGGUGAUACCAAGUGGACCAAAGCUAACUUUGCUGACAUUCUUAACAAUGAGUUUACAGUGAAAGGACUGACUGAGGGUAAAGAAUACGAGUUCCGUGUGGCGGCCAUUAACAACGCUGGAGUCGGAGACUUUGCGGAAACUUCAGAGGCCAUCAAGGCACAGCAGCCUCCAGUUGCACCAAAGAUUAGUCCAAACUUCAUUCCAAAAGAUAUUACUGUCAAGAAAGGUGAAGAAUUCAAGAUCGCCAUUCCGUAUGAUGGCAACCCAAUUCCUAAAGCAGACUGGUCUGUGGCUGGAAGACCUCUCACACAAGGUGGCCGUGUAAGUUUUGUGAAUACCCCUAAUGAAAUCAAGCUUGUGAACAAAGCAGCUGAGAAGUCUGAUUCAGGCAAAUACAACGUGGUCCUGUCAAAUGAAAAGGGCACAGACAAUGCCACCAUUAAUGUCAAUGUCGUUGAUUCCCCCGGUAAGCCGGAGGGCCCCCUGGAGGUGGGCAGUGUCACCCCUGACUCUUGUGUUUUGACCUGGAAUGCUCCAAAAGACGAUGGAGGAAGUCCCAUAUCCAACUACGUUGUGGAGAAGAUGGAUACUCGCACUGGUAACUGGGAACCAGUCAGCAAAUUUGUCCGGGGUACGAACUACGAAGUCAUGGGUCUUCUGGAAGGACAUGAGUACAAGUUCAGAGUGUCUGCUGAGAGCCAGUACGGAACCAGCGAACCUCUGGAAACUCAUUUCCCCACCGUGGCGCAGCACCCAUACACCCGCCCUGAUGCCCCUGGACAUCCUAGCAUUAUGGAUAUCGAUGAAUCCGUUGUAACGCUGUCUUGGACCAAACCAAGGAAUGAUGGUGGAAAGAAGAUUGUAGGUUAUGUUGUUGAGUACAAGGACCCCACGACUGGCCGUUGGAAGGAGGCUAAUGACUACCCAUGUGAUGAAUGUGUUUAUCAGGUGACGGGAUUAAAGAAGGACAAGGAGUAUGAAUUCCGAGUGAGAGCGAAGAACAUGGCUGGUCUGAGUGAACCGAGCGAUGUUGUGGGUCCCAUCACACCUAAACCUAAAUACACUAAGUCUAGUCCACCUGGUGUACCGGAGGCUGUUAACAUUGGCAAAACUUUCGCUGAUCUGAAAUGGGAGCCACCAAAGCAUGAUGGAGGAGCUAAAAUUACAGGUUACAUUGUGGAGAAGAGGCCCAAGGGAGGGGAUAUGUGGACUAAGGUUAAUGACUACCCUUGUAUAGAUCCCAUGUUCACUGUCUCUAACCUUCCUGAGAAUUCUGAGUGGGAAUUCCGAGUCAUGGCAGUCAAUACUGCUGGAAACAGUGACCCCAGCUUGUGCUCACCAGCAUACAAGAUCAAGGAGAAAAUUGUUGGUUCAGCUCCAGAAUUCAUCAAGAAGCCAGCUGACAGCAAGGCACCUGUAGGAGGAGAAGUGGCAUUUACUGCAGAGGUCCAUGGCAAACCUUUCCCAGCUUGUCAGUGGUAUAAAAAUGGCAUCCCUGUAGGCAGUGGAGGUCGCAUGAAACUGAUAAAGGAGGAUGACGUCUUUAUUUUCGUGAUUAAUGAAAUUUAUGAUAAAGACGAGGGAGAAUUUACCUGUGAAAUCUCAAAUUCACUCGGUUCUGACAAAGCUUCAUGCCGUUUGGAACUUCAGAGUCCACCCAGAUUUGAAAAAGACAUAAAGGACCAGAAUGUGGAGCUUGGAGAACAACUGAAGAUUAAGAUUCCGUACUCUGGAACCGGACCAUUCGAUGUCAAACUGAGGAAAGACAACCAUGAUGUGCCGGAGAGUGACCGCGUGAAGAUGACACCGUUUGAUGAUUACAUGAUUCUGAUUAUCAAAGACUGCAACAGAGCUGACACAGGUAGAUACCAGUUGGAGGUUAGCAAUGCCUGCGGUGGUGCCAAGCUUGGUUUCGGAGUCAGUGUAGUCAGUGCUCCCUCUCCACCCACUGGACCCCUGGAGAUCAGUGACAUCACAAAGAAUGCCUGUAGGUUGUCUUGGAAACCACCCAAAGAAACUGGUGGUGCCAAGAUAUCUAACUAUGUCAUAGAGCGACAGGAAGUGGGCAAACCAUACUGGGUCACAGUGUCCUCUCACUGCAAGGACACUCACCAAGACGUACAAGGUCUGUAUGAAAAUGAGAAGUACUUGUUCAGGAUCAUGGCAGUGAACCAGCAUGGACAGUCUGAACCCCUGCAAGCUGAGAAUCCAAUCGUAGCUAAAAUGCCAUUUGAUGCUCCGGAAUCCCCUGGCAUUCCUGAGGUCACCGAGGUGGGUGGAGACUUUGUCAGCCUUAAAUGGGAGAGACCAAAAUCUGAUGGUGGUGGAAAGAUCAAAUCCUUCUGGGUCGACAAGCGUGAGCACGGAACGGACAACUGGCACCGUGUCAACCUCAACCCUUGUCUUACAAACAUGAUCAAUAUUCCAAACCUGAUUGAGGAUCGCAGAUACGAAUUUAGAGUGUUUGCUGAGAAUGAGGCAGGAAUGAGCAAACCGUCUUUGGCUUCCACCAGUGUCAAGAUCAAGGAUCCUAAUGCUGCUAUUGCUCCAGAAAUUACACAAAGUCUCCGAGACGUUCAGACAGUGGCUGGUAAGAAUGCUACGUUUGAACUGGAAGUCACUGGCAAUCCCAGACCAGAGGUACAAUGGUACAAAGGAUCGAGAGAAAUCUUUGAGGACAAGAAGUUUGAGAUCAUUGAAGAAGGAAAUCUUCACAUGUUGUGUAUCAAGGAUGUGUUUGGUGAAGAUGCUGACGAAUAUUCUGUUAAGGUCUUCAACAAAGGUGGAUCUAAAGUUUCUAGAGCCAAUUUGAACAUCAGAGCUCCACCCAAAAUCAACGUGCCAUCUAGAUUCAAGGAUGUUAGCACAUUUGAGAAGGGAGAACCUGUUGUUAUGAAAAUUCCAUUCACUGGAAAUCCUAAACCAACCGUCAAGUGGUUCCGAGAUGGAGAGGAGAUAAAGGGCCGUAACUAUGUCCAGGAAGUAACUGAUCGCCAUGCUAUUCUGACCAUCAAGGAGGCUAACAAAGGAAAUGAUGGUCCUUACAGACUGGCCCUGGAGAAUGAGCUGGGAACAGACUCGGCCAUCAUCAAGAUUCAGGUCAACGAUCGCCCUGAUCCUCCACGCUUCCCGGUGGUGGAGAACAUCAGAAGCGACUCCGUGGUUCUCUCAUGGAAGGCACCACUGAAUGAUGGUGGAAGUUUCAUCACCGGUUAUGACAUCGAGAAGUGUGAACCUCCAGGAUCUAACUGGGUCCGGGUGGCCAACACUAGGAUGACCUUCCAUAACAUCCAGAGUUUGACUUCUGGAAAGGAAUAUCAAUUCCGGGUCAUCGCUGAGAACUUCUACGGCAAAAGUGACGCUUGUGAGCCGACCUCCACUAUCUGUACCGAAGACUCAGAGGCCAGCAAGAGGAAGAAAUUAGAAGAUGAAAUGGGAAGAAAAGUCCGCGGAAAAUAUGAUGGUCCCAAGAUUAAUGACUACGACAAAUUCUAUGAGGACUUGUGGAAGAAGUAUGUUCCCCAGCCGGUGCAGGUCAGAACAGACAAUGUGUACGACCAUUACGACAUUCUUGAGGAACUGGGCAGUGGUGCUUUUGGCGUUGUCCAUCGUUGUGUUGAGAAGGCCACCGGACGAGUGUUUGUGGCCAAAUUUAUCAAUACUCCCUAUCCACUGGACAAGGCCACUGUCAAAAACGAGAUCAACAUCAUGAACCAUCUUCAUCAUCCAAAACUCCUCCAACUCAAAGACGCUUUUGAGGAUCGCCAUGAAAUGAUCCUUAUUUUAGAAUUUUUGUCGGGAGGAGAGUUGUUUGAUAGAAUUGCUGCCGAGGAUUACAAGAUGACGGAGGCCGAGGUCAUUAACUACAUGAGACAGGUCUGUGAAGGUCUCAAACACAUGCACGAAAACAGCAUCGUCCACCUCGAUGUCAAGCCUGAAAAUGUUAUGUGUGAUACGAAGAAAUCCAACAAUGUGAAGAUGAUUGACUUUGGUUUGGCCACCAAACUGAACCCUGACGAGAUUGUCAAGGUCACUACAGCUACUGCCGAGUUUGCUGCCCCUGAGAUCGUGGAUUCGGAACCCAUAGGUUUCUACACAGACAUGUGGGCUGUGGGAGUCCUGGCUUACGUACUAUUGAGUGGGUUAUCUCCCUUCGCUGGAGAGGACGAUUUGGAAACUCUCCAGAAUGUCGGCCGCUGUGAUUGGGAGUUUGCUGAGGAGGCAUUCUCAUCCGUCUCUCCUGAGGCAAAGGACUUCAUCAGGAGACUCCUCAUCAGGAGACCACAGGAAAGAAUGACAGUUCACGAUUGUCUAGACCAUUCAUGGCUGAAGGGUGAUCUCAGCAGUAGAACAACCAGAAUUCCAUCCAGCCGCUAUGAUAAGAUCAGAGCCAGAAUCAAGGAAAGAUAUGCUGACUGGCCACACCCUAUGCCAGCCAUUGGCCGCUUGGCUAACUUCAGCUCUCUCAGGAAACACCGUCCAAAGGAAUACUCUAUCUAUGAUGCCUACUUUGAUCGUAAGGAAGCUGCUCCGAGGUUCAUCAGACGUCCCAGAAACACCUUGGUGGGAGAAGGAAACAUUGCUAAGUUAGACUGCAGAAUCAUUGCUGCCUCGGCUCCGAUCGUCACUUGGCGUUUUGAUGGCGGGGUACUCACUCAGAGUGUGAAGUACAUGCAGAAAUACAUGGGUACAGAGUACGAGCUAAAGGUCAGUCGGUGCAAGAAGGAGGACGCUGGAACUUACACAGUAGUUGCAGAGAAUUCCUUUGGAAAACGUGAAGAGAAGGCUUCCCUCAAAGUGGAACCUGCUCCAAAGAGGGAGGUAACUCUGAGUCGAGAAACUACACCCAUGCGAAGAUCCAGACCUCCAUCCAUGAUGAGAGAAAUUGAGAAACCCAAAGAGGAACGUCCAGACUUUAAUUUUGGUCUACGUCCUCGUCUAAUCCAGGCCGGACAAGAAUUCAAACUCAUCUGUUGUGUUCAGUGUACGCCCACACCAAAGGUCACCUGGACAAAAGAUGGUCGUGAAAUCACUCACAAUGACCACUACAUGUGCCAGUAUUCCAGCGGUGUAUGUACAAUGGAGGUGCAGAAUGCACUCGUGUCGGAUACAGGAACUUACAAAUGUGUCGCCGUAAAUGAACUCGGAACUGAAGAAACAUCCAGCUAUGUUGUCGUAGAAGAUCGAGCUCAUGAAGGAGUGGAUUUGAGGAAAAGUGGCAAAUCCCGCAGCGUACGCCAGACGAAAUCUGGUUACAGUAGUCGAUAUGAAGAUUCUAGCUACAACGAGUCUUCUUAUUCCUCCUCCUCAAAAACUAGUCGCUCCUCGAGGAAAUAUACCGAAGAAACAGUAGAGGACAGCUCCUAUUCUUCCCGACAAUCUGACCGAUCACAGAGGAAAAAGAGGGAGGAAGUAGCCCCUAAUUUCACACAGAAUCUGUCCCCAGAAAUUCUUAGGGAAGGAGAUCGCUUAAAGCUGACCUGUUCUUUUAAAGGAACACCUGAUCCAGACAUUGAGUGGUACUUCAAUGGACAGCUUUUAAAGGGUGACAGUUCCGUGAAGAUCAGGAGCCUUGGUGACAGCUGUUCCCUGGAGAUCAGGGAGGUUACUGUGGAUGAUGAAGGAUCAUAUACGUGUAAAGCCAUUAACUCAGCGGGAGUAGCCUCCACUAAAGCUAGUGUACAAGUCACUGCCAAGCCGCAAGAGAAAUUAGCUGACCCACCCCGCUUUAUUACCCAUCCCUUAGGUCUUAGGUUAAAUGAUGGUGACCCUGCCACAUUAGAAUGUCAGAUUUCAGGCUCUCCUGACAUAAAAUGGUACAAAGGUAGAGAGCAGAUCGUGGAUAGUGAAGACUUCCGUUAUGAAAACGACGGCGACACGUACAGACUGGUGAUUGCUGAAGUUUUUCCGGAGGAUAGUGGAAUGUACAAGUGUGUGGCUGAAAAUGAGGCUGGGUCGUCCAGCAGCAGCUUCACUGUUUUCGUAGAAGUGCCAGACGAAGAACCACAAGGUCCCCAGUUUAGACGAUUCCCUCAGUCCAGAACUGUAGAUGAGGGAUCCUCCUUUAAAGCUACCUGUGGUUUAGAUGAUGUUGAAUCUGUUGUUUGGACCAAAGAUGGUCGGGAAGUCGAGGACACGGGCAGAUUCAAUUUCAGCCAAGAUGGCAGUUCUUUCACCUUUGAGAUACCUGCAGCACUGGCAACAGAUUCGGGUGUCUACUGUGCUAAGGCUACAAGUAGCAAAGGAAAGGCCGAAUGGCAAUUCACACUUGAUGUGCGAGUAAGUUCUUCUCCAUGUGCUGAUAUUGAUGUACUACAGCUGAUCAAGUCCAUGCAGGUGAGAGGUCAAAGGUCACAGACAGAUAGCCUGUAACCUGUGGUUUUGAGGUUACUGGAAUUUGAAAUCUAUUCACACCAUUCCAAAAUAGUCAGAGUAGAUCUUGAGAACUAUAUAUGAAAAGGGCUGUGUUUGCUUUUUGUAAAAAUUGACAGUGCUUUUAUCUCACAAGAAUCCCUAUGCAACUCACUUGUUAUUCUCAAUUUUAUCAAAAUAACACCUAUUUGGAAUUAUGACAUAAAGAUAACUUUUUCCCACCAUUUUCAAUAUUUUGACACAAAAUGGCUUUUUCAUGUAGUUCUCCUUGCAGGAAACAUUGAGCACAGACAUGGGCAAGUUUUAUAUUCAUGUUGAAGUGGUACAAAAAAUUUAUUUAUUCAAAGCUGUAAGAAAAACAUUCCCAAAAGUUUUAAGUACUGUAGAUGUAUUUCAUUCCACGGAGUCAUAAUUUCGCGGAUUACUAUUUUUGGUUUGGUCCUUGGGGGUAUGAAAUUCCACUGGGUUGCAUAUGGCUUAGAUAAAAAUAGCUUGCAUACUUCAUUCAAGUCUGCUGAUAUGAAAUUACACGGAUUUUAUACCCGGAACUUAGCGGAAAUAAACGCCACGUAAAAAUGUGCGUGUACAGUAAAUUUGAGUAUAAUCGAUGAAUUGGAUCACUUUUGAUGUCAUUUUCUCAAAGUAGCUGUGAAUAUCAGAGAUGAUUUAUGUGAAACUGUAUGCAACAUGAUUUCUUUUGUGAACUGAUAUCAGAAUUAGUUUUUCUUUUAAAUAUUUUCUUUGAAGUUUUGCAGGAGUAAAGAAAUGGCAGUUACAAUAUAUAUCGUCUUUCCUAUCAGAACUUAUGAGCAUCAGCAGAUUGUGUAAAACUACUUUUCAUUACUGUUUAUGAAAUGUUGAGCAUAUUUAUAUAUUGAAGAGCAGUUUAACAUGGAGAGGUGUUGAAUUCAGAUUUUCAUUUUCAGAACCUUGAAACCACAAUAUAGUAAAAUCAUAGCGUAGUUCAUUGUCAUUUGUUUUAGGUAGAUUUCCUAAAAGAUAUAUAUACAGUAUUUACUGCUGAAUCCCAUAUGUGCUAUACAUAUAUGUAGAUACAUGUAUAAAUGUAAUAUGCAACUAAUUUGUAAUGUCUAACAUUCAGUAAUAUUUCUGCAAGUAAUUUAUUAUUGCACAUGUAGAUUAGAUUUUGUAUCUUUUAAUACAAAAAUCACAAUGUAUUUUAUAUUUUUUUUAAAAAUAUAUUUAAAUUUAGCGAGCUUAUAUAUUAUUCCAAAGCAAAUGAUAUUUCAUUGACAACAUAAUAUAGUCUGUCUGACCUUUAACCUUUUGUCUUUGCAUGCACUUGCUAUGAAAUGUCAUAGUGAAAUGUAUCCAUUGUAUGUAAGUACAGAAAUGUGACAUGUUCGGGAAAGUAUUAGUAAUUAUACCUUUUUCUUUUCAUAGUCCAUUUUAAAUUUAAAUGAUGAAUAACAAAAUAUUAUCCAUCUUUUACCAGUAAAGUUCCUAUCAUUUUGAGAGUACUUGUAUUUAUAAAAACCUCAGCAUUUGAAUUCAAUGAUGAGGGAAUUUUUUUUUGUGACUUUCAGCAAUGAAGCAUCUAAUAGACAUCAUCACACAGAUAAAUUGUGUCCCAGAUGACGUGGUUUCCAUCCUAGCUACCAUCUGGGUGGUGAACUAGUUUACUGUCUUCUAUUGUGGAGAAAAAAGGCAGUACACGCCAUUAGGACUUGCAAUAUUGGCUGCAAAACGCUUGUUUUGAGUUGCAUUGGAGAUUUUCAAACUGAUGAACUCGCAUCAGAAAUUCACAGACAGUUGAAUAUGAGUUGAUAAAUGUGGAUUGUUUCUCUCAUUAAAUGCAGUUUUUUUUUUAUUAUUUCAUAUGCAUAAUAGAUUUUAAUAUAUUUAAAUUAUAUUGUUAAAUAUGUGAAAACCAUUUAUGUCUUUCAUCACCAGUGUGCAGAGUUAAACUAUAUUUUCAUUGUAUAUUUUUUAUUUUUAAGUGACACUAACCUUGUAAGAGUAGAUUAUUAUUAUUAUUUUUUAAGGGUCAGUCAAUUCUUUUGGAAAAUCUCAUUGUGUGCAAAAUGAAAGUCUCUUUAUGAAUGAAUUGACAUUUGAACUGAUAUGUGAUUUUUCGAAGAAAAGUUCACCAGUAGCUAUUGGUGUUUAAAUGCUUAGAGUGAGGCUAACCCAACACGAUUCCUUUGUAGAAUUAACCACGUACUCGGUAAAUUUCGAAGACAAAGUUUUUUUAAAAAAAAAAACAACAAACUGAAAAAUAUAGUAGAGAGUAGUUGCCCCCAGUUAUUAAGAAGUGUAGGUAUUUGCUGUUGUGCGUGGAAUUUCUCCAUUAGGAAUCCAGCAUCCGUCUCCCCAUCCCUUGCUUUGUAUUCCAUGACAAAAAUGUUCACAUAUAAAAGCUGUUUUCCACAUA